AUGGAAGGUUAUGCUUUUCUGUUCAAAAUUCUGAAUGCUGCUACCAGAGCUAGGGUCAUAAAGCAAUGUCUGUGGCAGAUCGAGGGACAGACGAUGUUUGUAGACAAAUGGGAACCAGGGGUUAUUCCAACCAAACCGGAACUCACAUCUGCUCCCAUCUGGCUCGAACUUCGACAAGUCCCGUUCCAGUUCUUCCAUGAGGAUGGAUUGGAAAGGAUUGCUGGACUGGUGGGGCAUCCCAAAUUCCUGCAUCCGGCAACAACAAAUAAAACUAAUCUGGAAGUGGCUAAGGUAUUCACGAUAAUUGAUCCAAGGAAACCUCUUCCCGAAGCAGUGAAUGUGCAGUUCGACUCAGGCGAAAUUAGUAGAGUCUUGGUAUCAAGCCCAUGGAUGCCCCCUGUCUGUGAGUCUUGUAAAGAGAUAGGGCAUGUAACCAAGAGAUGCCCCUCCUCUGUUGCUGCUAAGCCAUGCUCGAGGUGCAAGUCCCUAACCCACAUUUCGGCAAAUUGUCCUCAGAAGCAAUCUCAGGAUCCUCAGAGGAACAACCCGGAACCAACCAAAAGAAGGACCAGAAGAAGCAAAUCAAGAGGUAAGCAGUUUUGGAAACGUGCUGAUCAAGUAAUCCUUCCUCAGACAGAAGCUCCCCGAACAGAAGCUCCUCUGCCCAUCGCCUCCACGGACUAUCAACAUACAGAGAUUGUCAAGCACUCCAAGCUUGGCACUGACGGCGACAGAGAAGUAGGCGAAAGAAGUGAAACGCCUCCAUAUCUUAAGGUCUCUAGACCCGGUAGCGGUUCUGAUAUCUCAGGAUCCUCUAAAUCUGACCUGCCAUCUGACUCAUCCGAUGUUGAAACCUCAGAUUCAGAGCUGGAAGAAGGUGAAUUCAGCGAUCGAGACCGUGAUUUUCAGGUGGUACAUAACAAGAAGAAGUUCUCAGGCCUGAAGCAGUCGGACCAGAAAGGAAACCGGGGCAGGAGCCUCAAACUCUAUUAA